GUGAGACCAUUCGCUCAGGGAGCGACGUUAAAUCAAGAAGGUGGCACGCGUGUCGAGAAUACCAAGUUCAUCGUCAAGUCCAUGUACGUCGAACAAAUGUCAUCACUGGAGGGAAGCAAGCAAAAGAGUUUGAUCUACACAUGAUGCGUUUUGGUAUACGGUGAGUCGAAUUAAAGACUUGGUGAGCGCGAGCAACGAAAAGUUCAACGCGGUUCAUGACAUCGUAAGGGAAAGCGGGGCAUUGCGGGAUGUUGUAAUAACUUCGAGGCCUUGCGAUGAGGUCUGCCUGGGAAUAUGAUGUUGAGACGGCCAACGGCUACACCCGCAAAGCCGAUACCACGGGAUUGCAAGCACGGGACAGAUUUGCGCAUCGAGUGAUUGUGCCGCUUCAUGCUCAUGCGGUCUCCUACGUCUUUCUUGCUCCUGCGCAAAGUUCCGAUUCAAGUCUGUUAGUGGCCAAGCAACCUCGACAGCACGAGUCUUAGCCUCGGACUUGAAGCACGCUACACUGACGACCGCCGCGCAUUGCACU